CACUUUUGCUUCUUAUUUUUGUGGGUAAUAUCUGCAAACAUUUUGAGGGCACUAGGACCCAGUGGAGGCUGUAUCUCUGGUCCUGUUUCUCACAGCCUCCUGCUCUAUCUCUGCGGUCACUGUGUGUGAAUGCAGAGAGGCAGAGAGUGAGCUGGUGUCUUCUCUGCAAGCAUUUACAUCAGUUGCAUUUCAGAAGAAUCCCUGCCACCACAGCCGUGCAGUCGUCCAGGGACCAGGAUGCUCAAGGCACAUGAAAGGAUGGGAAAAGAGGCUGCUUUACACCAUGGGAAGAGCCUCAACAGUGUUCACAAGGUACAGUGAUUGAUUUCCAGUAUGAAGCUCAGCAGUGGGAGCAAAAUCAUUUUCAUCCUUAAAGACAGAAGCAGCAGCAGCAGACGGCUGCAUCAGGGAAAUAUUCUGGUUCAGCGCAAUAUGUGACUGAUGGCCAACUAGAAGAAUUAAUGAACCUUUUGAAAAUCCCAGCCUUAUCUUCUGGAUGUACAAGACAACAUUUGACCUAACUUUCAAACCUCUUGUUUUCUGUACGCACUCCUUGGCUUUGAAGGAUGGGUGAUGGGCCUGUGACUGACCCCGCCCGCCUGCCCUGUCCUACCCUUCAAUGGAGCCGACGUGGAACUCCUCCCACACGCCUCCACAGCCCACAUCCAACUUGUCUGCCUCCUCGCUGCCUGAAGGCUGGGCUCUGUCCCAGGCACUAGCCCUCCUAGCAAUGCUGCUCAUGGAUCUGCUGGCUGUGGUGGGCAAUGUGGCUGUCAUGGCAGUCAUUGCCAAGGCCCCGCAGCUCCACAAGUUUGCCUUUGUCUUCCACCUGUGCGUGGUGGACCUCCUGGCAGCCCUGGUGCUGAUGCCGCUCGGUAUGCUCUCCAGCCGGGCCUUCUUUGGGGAGGCUCUAUGCCGGAGCUACGUCUUUCUUAGUGUGUGCCUAGUUAGUGCCGCCAUUCUCUCCAUCUCCGUCAUCAACGUGGAGCGAUACUACUACAUCAUACAUCCCAUGCGUUAUGAGGUGAAGAUGACAAUUGGUCUGGUGGCUUCGGUGCUGGUGGGAAUAUGGGUCAAAGCUCUCGCCAUGUCUGCUCUGCCGCUGCUUGCUUGGUUCCUGCAAGGUGGAAGAACUCCUCUUCUGGAGAGCAGUGCAGUUGGGGGAGGAGGUGAAGGGGCCAUCCCACCUCCCCCCACAGCUCAGGGUCACAGGCGCUGCUCCUUGCACUGGACUGGGGGAGGGUCAAACCGCUUAGCCUUCAUGGUCUUGUUCACUCUGGUGUAUUUCCUCUGUCCUCUGUUGGUUAUUUUAGUUGUCUACUGCAACAUGUUCAAAGUGGCUCGGGUGGCUGCCAUGCACCACGGGCCGCUUCCUACUUGGAUGGACACACCGCGACGGCAGCGAUCAGAGUCGCUCAGCAGCAGAUCCACCAUGGUCACCAGUUCUGGGACGGGAACUGGCACUGACAGAGCUACUCCACAUCGACCCUUUGGGGGAGGAAAGGCUGCAGCUGUGUUGGCGGCUGUAGGUGGGCAGUUCCUGUGCUGCUGGCUGCCCUACUUCACUUUCCACCUGUACUCAGCACUGGCUGCCAGUCCACCCGCUGCACUGGCCUCUCUGGAGGAGGUGGUUACCUGGAUUGGCUACUUCUGCUUCACCUCCAACCCCUUUUUCUAUGGGUGCCUGAACAGACAGAUCCGGGAGGAGCUCGGCAAGCAUCUGCCUUGCCUGUUUCGCAGAGCAGGGGUCGAAAUGGAGGACAGACUGCCGAGUCGUGAUGGGUCCAUAGAGGAGAAUUUUCUUCAGUUUCUUCAGGGCACUGCCUGCAACCUGGACCCUCAAAACUCUCGCAGCACUUCUAGCCCUAAGGGGGGAGAUGCCUGCUGUCCUGUUGCUCAGUGCCAACCUACUGAGGUAGCACAACCAAUUCCCAUUGAUUUCCGCAUCCCUGGACAGAUUGCAGAAGAGACUUCGGAGUUUAUUGAGAUUGAACAGGCAAAAAACAACCACAUAUAUACAGAAAAUUAGGUUUUUUGUAGUUGUCGCUGAAAACUGAAAGCAAAGAUGUAAAGGGUUUCAGGAAAUUCUCCUUUUUCUACUUUUGCUGAAAGGUUUUCACCAUAAUUUUUAGCUUUUAGUGACAAACUUACAGUGCCUUACAAAAGUAUAAAUACCAAUUUAACAUAUUUCAUGUUUUCUUGCGUUAUAACAGGAAACUUUGCAUGCUAUCUAUCACGAUUGCCCCACAAAGUGGUUUGUGAAAUGGAAGUGAAAGGAUCUAGAUUUUUAAAAGUUUUUUACAAAUAAAAAUAAGAAAAGUUAAGUACCCAUUUAUAUUCCUUUACUCUCAUCCUUUACCCCCAAAUAAAAUGCAGCGCAACCUAUUGCCUCCAGAAGUCACCUAAUUAAACCUAAACAAAUAGAGUACCCGUGUGUAUAAUUUGAUAUUUGUAUAAAUCCAGGUCUUCUGGGAAGGCCUGUUAAAGAGCAAACAGCAACAUGAAGACCAAGGAACACAGUAGAAAGGUCGUUAUGGAGACGUUCAAAGCAGGGUUAGGUUAUAGAACAAUAUCCCGAGCUUUCAACACCUCAUGGAGAACUUUUCAAACAAUCAUUCACAAAUGCAAAGAGUUUGUGAAGCAAACCUACCAAUACAUGGACAGAUUUCUUAAAAUUACCGUUAUAUUUUAAGGCAUUGCUCAGUUCUUUUAGCAUUUUUGGCCAAUGGUAUUAGGAGCCACAGUGGAAGGGCUAAAGAGCCACAUGUGGCUCCAGAGCCACAGGUUGCAGACCCCUGACCAAAUAGAGACAAGCAGCCAAGAGGAACAUGGUAACUCUGGAGGAGGUGCAGCAAUCCGCAGCUAUGGUGGUAGAAUCUGUCAACAUGAAAGCUCUUAGUGAUGCCCUUAAAAACGUUUAUGGUGGAGAUAAAAAAGAACGUCAACAGAGAUCUUAUUUGUUGUUUGCCACAAGCCAUAUGAAGGACACAGCAAACAAGUGGAAGAAGAUGUUCUGAUCACUUCAGAAUUGAACCUUUUGGCUCAUAUGCAAAGUGGAAUGUACAGAGGAAAACUAACACUGGAUGUCACCCUGAACACACCAUCCCAAAAGGGAAAAAAUGGUGGUGCAAGCAUCAAGCUGUGGGAAUAUUUUCAGCAGUGAUAGGGAAGGUGGUCAGAGUAAAUGGAGCGAGCUUAUUCAAGCAUAGUCAAAAUCUAAAACUGGAAACACCCUAAAAUGACUCUAAGCAGUGGUGCAAAAAUUUACUCAUUUAGGAAAGCUGAAUACAAAAGUGUGUCACAUGUGAAAACAAUGUAUCAUUUUCCUUCCACUUCACAAUAAUGCACUACUUUGUGUUGGUCUGUCACAUAAAAUUCCAGUAUAAUAAACUAAAUCUUGUUGUAACGUGACAAAAUGUAACAAGGUUAAAGAGGUAUAAAUAGUUUUGUAAGACAUUGUAAGGGAUUUGAUUUUAAACUGCUCCUUAGGAAAGGGAAAUUCCUAUAAAAGUAUCGGAUCUGCUGCAUUUUGGCUUUAAAUUCAACAGCUUAGCUCAGUAAAGUAAAAAAAAAAACUUACAGAGUUCACUUUGAAAAAACCCUUUAAACAAUUUAAAGUUAUAAGUUGUAACAGUUAUUAGUGUUCUGAUGACAUGAUGAUCAUUCGAAACUCUGCAGGCUUUUAAAUAAAACACCUUUUUAUAUUUAGGGAACAUGUUUGUCAUUUCAGGGGGCAACUAUGAUGUGUUAUUAGAUAUAUAGUGUGUAAUAAUAAUAAAAAACCCACCUCCAAAUGCACACAUCUUAAAGUCUACUAGGUCCUUGUUUAAAAAAAUGUUUUAUUUUUGUACAUUUGAGCAAGACAGCAAUAAAAUAUAAAAGGUUCUGAUAGGUCAUUGAGCUUUUUUUCAUUAAUUGACAAUGUCAGUCCUUCAACCCAAUCUGGUGCUCUAAUUGACGAGAUAGAGAUGAUUUUUUUCGUUUUUUAAAUAGGCCCUUCUUUAAUUUUCUAAAAAAAAAAAGCAGGUGAGAUCCAAAGUGACUCCAUUUAGAUUAAAAGACAACUUAUCUUCAGGGUUAUCAAACUCUCUGCCAUAAAGUGUAUUUACCAGGAUAUCUGGAUAUGAAUUUUUAAAGCAGUAUUACCCAAAGGCACGGCAUCACAUUCAAAUAGGGUUCUGUUUCUUGCAUUGUUUAAUGUGAUAAGCUGUGUUUAUUUUUUUGCAAGACUGUAGGUUUAUGUUGUGUAUGCCACUCAGUGAGUGCAGUUUUUUGUAUCGUGAAUCUCAGCUUUUGACAUUAAACUGAUGAUGAGCAGGACAGUGUUUUUCAUUGUUCUCUUUCCUUUCAACAGAAAAUAUGUAAACUUUAUUUUGACAACCCUUCUCAUCAGGGGCUUUCACAGUACCUCAGUGCAGGAAAAAAACUUUUUUUUAUAGUUCAGUGUGUUCUGUCAGGUAAAAUUUCUGCACCCUGAGUUAAUGUUCAGCAAGCCACAGAGCAUCUGCUUUUUAAAGCAUUCCUUAGGACUAAGGGUGCAGUCUUUAAGUUUCUCAACCUGACAAUGUGUUGAACUGGUAUUUUAUAGCAAACUGUUAAGAAUAGGUAUGAUAAAAUAUAUGUUGACAUGACUGACUGACGGAAGUCAUCUUUCUUACAUGCCGUGGAAACAGGGUUUAAAUAGUAUUUUCUCAAGGGGUGUUUUAAUGAUGUUUUAAUGAAACUUUCUUUUCAUCAUGACUAAAUAAUAUCCCAAACUGUGAAUGAUGUGUUAUAAGGUUUGCCUUUGUUCAGAAAUCCUUUUUUAUGCUGUGACAAAGAAAAAAAAAGAAUAACUUCCAUUGUUCUGCAAUGGUAUGAAUGUGUUCAGGGGAGAAGGCCAAACCUAGAGUGGAAGAAAGUGUUGUAAUAAAGACUUUAUAUGUUUGUAAAACAA